AUGGCUGGUGAACUUGUUGGUGGAGCUUUCCUUUCUGGCUUCAUUAACGUUGUCUUUGACAGGCUCCUUACAACUGAUGCUGUCAACUUGGUCUUGGGCAAGAAACUUGGCCCUGACUUGGUUCAAAGGCUGAAGACUGCUCUGUUGGGUGCUGAAGCUCUUGUUGCUGAUGCUGAGAUGAAGCAGUUCGGUAAGCCAUUGGUGAGGAAGUGGCUCGAUAGUCUCCGGGAUGCUGUUUACUGUGCUGAGGACUUGCUCGACACUGUCCUUACCAAAGCCACCACUCAAAAGGAGGUGAAGUCUUCCUGGUCCAUUAGCUUCUUAGUCAACCGAGAGAGGGAGAUGGUAGACAAGAUGGAAGAGGUGGUUAGAAGAAUUGAGGAUCUUGGAAAACAAAAAGAUUUCCUUGGUCUUGAAAAGAUUCCCACUGGUAGCUCAUCAUGGAGGACUCCGUCCACUUCUCUUGUGAGAGGGAAUGUGUAUGGAAGGGAGGAUGACAAGAAGGCCUUGGUCCAGAUGCUGAAUGACAACAGUGAGCAUCACUUAUCUGUGAUUGCUAUUGUUGGCAUAGGUGGGGUUGGUAAAACUACUUUGGCUCAAUCGCUGUACAACAAUAAUGAGGAGGAAUUCAUGAAGGAAUUUGAUCUGAAGGCAUGGGUUUGCGUUUCGGAAAAGUUUGAAGUUGUUGAGACUACAAGGGAUGUCAUAAAGCAGAUCCAUGGAGGGACUUGUAGUCUCGAUAAUUUCAAUUCACUUCACAAUGCUUUGAAAGAAGAAUUGUCCAAUAAGAAGUUCUUUAUUGUUCUUGAUGAUGUUUGGAGUGAUGAUGGUGACAAAUGGAGUAAUUUUAUGACCCCUUUCCAACAAAAUGGGAACAAGGGAAGUAUUGUUCUUCUCACUACUCGGGCGGAAAAUGUUGCUUCUGCAGUUCAAAAUUGUCAACCUUAUUUUCUGAAGAAGUUGUCGGAGGACUAUUGUUGGUUAGUGUUUGCAGAAAAUGCAUCUUUUCCACAGUCAAAUGGGAGAGCAGCACUUGAAGAAAUAGGAAGAAAGAUUGUCAAGAAGUGUGAUGGCUUGCCGUUAGCUGCAGAAACACUUGGUCGCUUGUUACGUACUAAGCAUGAUGUUGAGGAAUGGAACAAGAUACUAAUGAGUGAUAUUUGGGAAUUUUCGGUGGAGAAGAGUAAGAUUAUUCCAGCAUUACUGAUAAGUUACUUCCAUCUUUCUCCAUAUUUAAAGCGUUGUUUUGUUUAUUGUGCUUUAUUUCCCAAGGAUUAUGAAUUUGAGAAAGAUAAAUUAAUCCUUAUGUGGAUAGCAGAAGAUCUUUACCAACACCAAAGAGAGGAGAGAGUUUAG